AUGGAAGAUCUGCCCAGAUUAAAUUUUCCCAAUUUUUAUUACACCUUGGAAGAUGUUAUUUACGAGGAAGUGGCGAAGAAAGGAAUGACUUGGUCUGUUCACCGGCCUGAUGUUAUCUUUGGGUUUUCGCCUCACAGCUUGAUGAAUAUAAUUGUGACUAUUUCUGUUUACGCUGCAAUAUGCAAGCACGAUGGAGCUCCGCUAAUCUUUCGUGGAUCAAAAGAGGCAUGGAAUAGUUAUGCAAUUGCUUCUGAUGCAGAUCUGAUUGCAGAGCUUCAAAUUUGGGCGUGUGUGGAUCCUUAUGCACGAAAUGAAGCUUUUAACAUCCACAACAGAGACGUGUUCAAAUGGAAGCAUUUGUGGACGAUUUUAGCAGAAGAGUUUGGGAUUGAAGAGUAUGGAUUUGAAGAGGGGGAGAGUAGUGUAACCUUUGCAGCCAGCUCGUAUAAUUUUAUUUUCUUGUAA